UAGGCUGAUUUUGGAGAGGCAAGUCGCUUAUUUCGAGUUGAUUUUAUCAGACCAGCUUGCUUGUUUUCUUAGCGAUCUGGCAACAUAGCGACUGUACCGAGAUGGUAAACCCAACCAAGGCAAACCGGUAACACAGAGUCGAUGAGACGUCAACGACCGCUGGCAAACUCGGUCUAAAGCGACUGGAAUAAAAGACACAAUUUCGACUCAGUGAGGGAUAUUAAGCUAUAAGCCUCAUAUAUGUGUGUUUGUCUUUAAAUUAUACGAGAUUGUUCACUUUACAAGACACAGAGCGAAGGGUUCGAGGCUCCUGACAAACUCUGUUUUCGCGACGGCUGUUAACGUUACAAAUAUUUUCUUUGGAGUCUUGUCAGCUUGUAGCAUUUACGGAUCCUGCGACACUCGGUAGGAGACACGGGGGGAGUUCGUGACUUUUGGUUGAUUGACUCGUACUGGUUGGGUGGACCUCCGACCAGAGCACAGCCUCCGAGCGGCCCGUUUCAACAACCGCAGUAGGAGUUGGGUUGUAGGUCGAUUUACGGAGGAUAUUCAGCGGCUUUAAACAAACACCCUUCAGCCGGCAUUUGAUCCCCCGGAGCCGGCUAGAAUCCGGACAGAGACCUCAUGAAUGGAAAUCGGAACUACAGGAGCCGUUGGGGCUGCGCCCCUGUUCUCCGUUCCUCGGAGGCCAGGCUAUGGCACCAUGGGGAAGCCCAUCAAGCUGCUGGCCAACUGCUUCCAGGUGGACAUCCCCAAGAUGGAUGUCUACCUGUACGAGGUGGACAUCAAUCCAGAAAAGUGUCCACGGCGUGUUAACAGGGAGGUGGUGGAUACCAUGGUUCAGCACUUCAAGGUGACAAUCUUUGGGGACAGAAGACCUGUCUAUGAUGGCAAGAAAAGCCUCUACACCGCCCAGCCGUUACCAGUGGCCUCUGGGGGGGUGGACCUGGAUGUGACCUUGCCAGGUGAAGGUGGGAAGGACAGGCUGUUCAAGGUCUCCAUUAAAUUCGUGUCACUGGUCAGCUGGCACAUGCUGCAUGAGGUCCUCACUGGGCGGAGCACGUCUGAUCCACUGGAGCUGGAUAAGCCAAUCAGCACCAAUCCCAUACACGCUGUAGAUGUUGUUCUGCGCCAUCUGCCCUCUAUGAGGUACACCCCAGUGGGACGGUCUUUUUUCUCCUCCCCCGAGGGCUAUGAUCACCCGCUGGGUGGAGGGAGGGAGGUGUGGUUUGGUUUCCACCAAUCAGUGCGGCCAGCUAUGUGGAAGAUGAUGUUGAACAUUGAUGUGUCUGCCACGGCUUUCUACAAAGCUCAACCUGUGAUUCAGUUUAUGUGUGAGGUUCUGGAUAUCCACAACAUCGAUGAGCAGCCUCGUCCUCUUACCGAUUCCCACAGAGUCAAAUUCACCAAAGAGAUCAAAGGUCUAAAGGUGGAGGUCACCCACUGUGGCACCAUGCGGAGGAAGUACAGGGUGUGUAAUGUUACUCGACGGCCGGCCAGCCACCAGACGUUUCCUCUACAGCUGGAAAAUGGACAGACUGUAGAGAGAACAGUUGCACAAUAUUUCAGGGAAAAGUACAACUUACAGCUUAAGUACCCCCAUCUGCCCUGCCUGCAAGUGGGGCAGGAGCAGAAACACACGUACCUGCCUUUGGAGGUGUGCAACAUUGUGGCAGGCCAGCGCUGCAUUAAGAAAUUAACUGACAACCAAACCUCCACCAUGAUCAAAGCCACGGCCCGCUCGGCACCGGACAGACAAGAGGAGAUCAGCAGACUGGUGCGCAGUGCCAACUACAACUCGGACCCCUUCGUGCAGGAGUUCCAGUUCCGUGUGCGGGACGAGAUGGAGGAGGUGACGGGUCGCGUCCUGCCCGCCCCCAUGCUGCAGUACGGCGGCAGGGUGAGCUCUGAACACUUUAUGAAUCGUACAGUAGCCACCCCAAGCCAUGGCGUGUGGGACAUGAGAGGCAAGCAGUUUCACACUGGUGUGGAGAUCAAGAUGUGGGCCAUUGCUUGCUUUGCCACUCAGAGACAAUGCAGAGAGGAAGUUCUCAAGGGCUUUACAGACCAGCUGCGGAAGAUCUCUAAGGAUGCAGGGAUGCCCAUACAAGGCCAGCCAUGUUUCUGCAAAUACGCUCAGGGAGCAGAUAAUGUGGAGCCCAUGUUCCGUCACCUGAAAAACACCUACGCUGGCCUGCAACUCAUCAUCGUCAUACUGCCUGGGAAAACUCCUGUCUACGCGGAAGUGAAACGUGUUGGAGACACUCUUCUGGGAAUGGCAACUCAGUGCGUUCAGGUGAAGAAUGUGGUAAAGACCUCCCCUCAGACCCUCUCCAACCUGUGUCUCAAGAUCAAUGUCAAACUUGGCGGCAUCAACAACAUAUUGGUACCCCAUCAGCGCCCGUCUGUUUUCCAGCAGCCCGUCAUUUUUCUGGGAGCUGAUGUCACUCAUCCGCCCGCAGGAGAUGGAAAGAAACCCUCCAUUGCAGCUGUGGUGGGUAGCAUGGACGCUCACCCCAGCAGGUACUGUGCUACAGUCCGUGUCCAGAGGCCCAGACAGGAAGUGAUUCAGGACCUGGCGUCUAUGGUGCGAGAGCUGCUCAUCCAGUUCUACAAGUCCACUCACUACAAACCCACCAGAAUCAUCUUCUACAGGGAUGGUGUGUCUGAGGGACAGUUCAGACAAGUGCUGUACUAUGAGUUGCUGGCCAUACGUGAAGCUUGUAUCAGCCUUGAGAAGGACUAUCAACCGGGAAUCACCUACAUCGUCGUCCAGAAACGUCACCACACUCGUCUCUUCUGCGCUGACCGUACUGAGAGGGUGGGCCGCAGUGGUAACAUUCCAGCAGGUACCACAGUGGACACUGAUAUCACCCAUCCUUAUGAAUUUGACUUUUAUCUGUGCAGUCAUGCUGGAAUACAGGGUACAAGCCGACCUUCACACUACCACGUGCUAUGGGACGAUAACUGCUUUACAGCCGAUGAGUUCCAGCUCUUGACCUACCAGCUGUGCCACACAUACGUGCGCUGUACCCGCUCCGUCUCCAUCCCUGCACCAGCCUACUAUGCCCACCUGGUGGCCUUUAGAGCCCGUUACCAUUUAGUGGAUAAAGAGCAUGACAGCGCGGAAGGCAGCCAUGUGUCGGGUCAGAGCAAUGGCCGAGAUCCUCAGGCCCUGGCCAAAGCUGUGCAGAUCCAUCACGACACUCUGAGGACCAUGUACUUUGCUUAGCCCCGCCUCCACAGACCUGC